AGUAAGUGAUUAACAGAGAGAUAUAGAUGUUGUCUAAACAUCAACAAGACUUGCAAGUGAUAUUUUAAGAUAAAGAGCUGAAUGUAACAGGCAGAAUUACUGAACUGGUGCAUAAUUACAGAACUGGCAUCUACGCAGCCCCUAAUUGGUCAAUUAUGUUGUUUGCCAUCUCUCCCUGGUGAGGGAAAUUGUUUAUUUAAUGGACUGACCCCCCUCCUCCUUCUUACUUUGCUUCUCUUUCCUCUCCUUGGACAUCACAUGUGACAUACCCUCCCUCAUCUCCUGGACUCUUCUAAAGACUUUUAUUAAGCCUCAGCACAUGGGCAUGAAACAACUUAAACUGCAUGAUGGAUAAUUUUUUUGCAGUAGGACAAAAGCAAGUCAGUGAGCAGUGACCAGAUUCUGAGUGGAGUGUUUGCUUUACUUGCUGCCUCAGAGAGUGGAAAAGCCAUAUUGCAAAUAUAAUUUCCAUUGUAAUGGCAGAACCUGGGCAGGCAGAGAUCAGUAUGGAAGAACUGGCAUUAGACAUUGAAACUUCAGAACGGCACAGAUCACUGCCUGCACAACCUCGUCAGGAUGAUAACUGGGGUGAGACUACAACAGCUGUCACUGGCACCUCAGAACACUCUCUGUCUCAGGAGGACAUUGUUUGUAUCAGCAAAGACCUCGACGACAGCGUGGGCCUAGACUGCAAACAUUAUCUAAAUGUGGCUCUGUCUGUCAUCCUGGGACUCGUGGUUCUUCUGACUCCACUUGCCUUCCUUAUCCUGCCUCACCUCCUCUGGCCUGAUAGACUGAGAGCCUGUGGAACGGCCUGUGAAGGUCUCUUCAUAUCUGUGGCAUUUAAACUGCUGAUUUUGUUGUUGGCAGUGUGGGCUCUAUUCUUCAGGCCACCCAGGGCUGGUUUUCCAAGAAUCUUCAUCUUUCAAGCCUUAUUAGCCACAUUGGUGCUACUGUUUGUGCUUUCCUAUUGGUUGUUUUAUGGAGUACGCAUCCUGGACUCACAGGAUGAAGACUAUCAAGGGAUUGUACAGUAUGCUGUUUCACUAGUGGACGCUCUGCUCUUUAUCCACUACCUGGCCGUUGUGCUGCUGGAGCUCAGGCAGUUACAGCCGUUCUUCUCUCUGUGUGUCACCCGCUCCACGGAUGGAGCAACACAACACUAUAACUUGGGUCAACUCAGCAUUCAGAGGGCAGCAGUGGUUAUCUUAGAGAACUACUACAAAGACUUCCCUGUCCAUAACCCCGCAAUACUAACAGCUUCCAAGUCCCGCACCACCAAGCACCUGGCAGGCCUCAAAGUCUACAACGUGGAUGGUCCGGGAGGGAAUAAUGGAGCUGCAGGUAUAGCCCAGUCUCAGUCUCGAGCAAUGAUUGCUGCUGCCGCCCGCCGCAGAGACAGCAGUCAUAACGAACUCUACUAUGAAGAGGCCGAGCAUGAGAGACGUGUUCGCAAACGCAGGGCUAGGCUGGUGGUGGCAGUGGAGGAGGCAUUUACACACAUUCAUCGCAUGCAAGAGGCGGAGCAGAAGAAGGCAUCUGUUGACGUGAUGGACCCACGUGAAGCAGCUCAAGCCAUCUUCCCUUCCAUGGCCCGAGCACUGCAGAAAUAUCUCCGCACCACCAGACAACAGCACCUUCACAGUAUGGAGAGCAUACAGCAGCACUUGGCCUUCUGCAUCACAAACAACAUGACACCCAAGGCAUUUUUAGAGAGUUAUCUGACCACAGGCCCUACACUGCAGUAUGGAAAGGACCGCUGGCUUGCUAGGCACUGGACCCUUGUCAGCGAAGCCUCAGUUACCAGUGGUCUGAAAGAUGGGACCAUUUUUCUGCUCAAAUGCAUUGACUUUAACUUAGUGGUCACUACCAAAAAGAUACCUUAUAUUCAGCUUGCUGAAGAAUUCAUUGACCCAAAGUCACACAAGUUUGUGCUUCGACUGCAGUCUGAGACUUCAGUUUAGAGAUUUUUUGUUUUUUUUCAGCAAAAACUUAUUUUCUUCUGGGAUGUAUUUUUGUUUGACUUUCAAAUAAUAUAUAUGUAUAUCAAAUAUUGCAAUAUAUUCUUUAUACGUUUGUUUUGUUUGUGCUUACAUGUUUAUUAGAAAUAACAUGUUUGCAGUCAAAUCAAGCAAAAUCAGAUCAAAAACUUUUAUAGAGGUUGAAUAUAACUAUUGAAGACUACUUAUCAAUGUUUGUUAAAUACAGAAACAUUAAAGAAUGGAUUCAAUCAAAUACUUUUUCAAUGGACAUCAGAGAGAUGAAUGGACUCAAAUGGGCAAAUUUUCUCUGCCUCACUACUGUUUAUAAAAACUCUCUGGGAAUGUAAUCUGCAGACUUUCUGCAAGAUCCACCAUAGUGCAGUUGAGGUUGCACAGAUGAGACUUUGAGAAACAUUGACCAAUUACUGUAGCACUAUAGUAACAGAUUUUCAUGUCAUUAGGUUCACAAACACAUCAUCAUCUCAGCCAAAUGACCCUCUACUACUGUAAAUGCACAUCAAAACUUUCCAGUGUGUAUAUGUGUGUGCGUGUGUGACAUUGCUCAGUCAGUACAAUGAUCCACAUACAUAUUUUUUUACAUUAUAUAUAUAUAUAUAUAUAUAUAUAUAUACACUCAUCUAAAGGAUUAUUAGGAACUCCACACUAAUACUGCAUUUCAGCCUGUCUGAGUGACAUUUCUAGCUGGAUGAAUGACCAUCACCUUCAGCUUAACCUUACAAAGACUGAACUACUGGUGAUUCCAGCUAACCCAUUGAUUAAUCACAACUUCUCUAUACAGCUGGGCUCGUCAACCACAACUCCUUCGAGGACAGCCAGAAACCUAGGAGUUGUGAUGGAUCAUCAAUUAAGCUUCACUGACCACAUUGCUACAACGACCCGGUCCUGCAGGUUUUCCUUAUACAACAUUAGGAAGAUUAGACCCUUCCUGUCAGAGCAAGCAACCCAACUUCUUGUCCAAGCUCUUGUUCUCUCCAGACUGGACUAUUGUAAUGCUCUCCUGGCAGGCCUUCCUGCAUGUACUGUCAAGCCUCUGUAAUUUAUCCGGAAUGCAGCAGCAAGGGUUGUCUUCAAUGAGCCAAAAAAAGCUCAUGUUACUCCUCUCCUCAUCAGGUUACACUGGCUACCAGUAGCCGCUCGCAUCAAAUUCAAGGUACUGAUGCUUGCCUACAAGACAACCACUGGCACUGCACCAACUUACCUAAACUCACUGGUUAAAUCCUAUGUGCCCUCCAGAAGUUUGCUCUGCAAGUGAACAACGCCUUGUGGUGCCAUCCCAAAGAAAUUCAAAAUCACUCUCACGGACCUUUUCCUGGACUGUGCCCAGCUGGUGGAAUGACCUCCCAAUCUCAAUUCGUACAGCUGAGUCUUUACUCAUUUUCAAGAAACAUCUAAAGACUCAUCUUUUUCGCCUGCACUUAACCUACUAACACCAGUACUUUUCCUUUUCUUGUCUUUUUCAUUUAAUUAAAAAAAAAUGCAUUCUAUACUAGACUGAGACUUGUCAUGGCACUUGUAUUCUGUUGUUGUUCUCUUGUUGACCUGACUGCUUUUAUUGUUCUCAUUUGUAAGUCGCUUUGGAUAAAGGCGUCUGCUAAAUGAUUAAAUGUAAAUGUAAAUACUGUGUUUGACCCCCUUUCGCCUUCAGAACUGCCUUAAUUCUGCGAGGCAUUGAUUCAACAAGGUGCUGAAAGCAUUCUUUAAAAAUGUUGGCCCAUAUUGAAAGGAUAGCAUCUUGCAGUUGAUGGAGAUUUGUGGGAUGCACAUGCAGGGCACGAAGCUCCCGUUCCACCACAUCCCAAAGAUGCUGUAUUGGGGUGAGAUCUGGUGACUGUGGGGGCCAUUUUAGUACAGUGAACUCAUUGUCAUAUUCAGGAAACCAAUUUGAAAUGAUUCGAGCUUUGUGACAUGGUGCAUUAUCCUGCUGGAAGUAGCCAUCAGAGGAGAGGAGUUAACCGGUGGGGUCUUCUGCAACAGUAGAUCAUCCGCCUCAAGGGUGUGCGUGUUGUGGCUUCACAAAUGCUUUGCUGCAUACCUCGGUUGUAACGUUUGGUUAUUUCAGUCAAAGUUGCUCUUCUAUCAGCUCGAAUCAGUCGGCCCAUACUCCUCUGACCCCUAGCAUCAAGAAGGAAUUUUCGCCCACAGGACUGCUGCAUACCGGAUGUUUUUCCCUUUUCACACCAUUCUUUGUAAACCCUAGAAAUGGUUGUGCGUGAAAAUCCCUGUAACUGAGCAGAUUGUGAAAAACUCAGACCAGCCCAUCUGGCACCAACAACCACGCCAUACUUGAGUUUGUCAUGACCAGGACCACACCCUUAAAUGCAUUGAAGCAACCGCCAUGUGAUUGGUUGAUUAGAUAAUUGCAUUAAUGAGAAAUUGGUCAGGUGCUCCUAAUAAUCCUUUAGAUGAGUGUAUAUGUAUAUA